CCCGCCUACUUGUACUGACAUAAAAAGUAUUCUUCGGACACUGGAGGAAAGAAAAGGGGAGAAGAGCGUGCAGACCGAUGUCACAUGGACAAGAAGCGUGAACCUGAGAACGAAAUUUCAGGGCAUGCCAAUGGAAGAGCAAAUAACCAGAGGUCGUGGCUGAUCCGUCAGGUGCAAACAGAGAAGUACAACUGUUCAAAGACCAAGUGAAGUUUUCAGUCUAAAAUAAAACAAAAAUAUGGAGCAACCAGGUCAUAUCCACGUGGAGGAAAACCUGCAGAAGUUAACAGUGUUGCCUUGUGAGACAGAAAAAGAGAAGAAAACCCAAGAAAGCAACAUGACACCACAAAAUAAUGACAAAGAAAACGGGAAGUCCGUAGAGAAAGACAGCUCGGUAGAUAUCUUGCCUGUGGAAGAAGGGAAGAAGACAUUAGUGAGGCAAUCAGACAGAUCAGUCUCCAGCACUUCUACCUGUUCAUCGGUUAACUACUCCUCACCAGAGAGUGACCAGGUCUUCAGUGAAGAAGAGGAGAUCCAGUCCAAACGAAAAACUCUUCGAAAGACAAAAUCAUGGAAGACGUUCUUCACAAUGGUACACUGGUCACUCAAACGACACAAUUCCUGGGUUCAGCUGGCUGGCCAUGAAGGUAACUUCAAAGCCAGUGAGCGGGGCCACAUUCUGAAGAAGUUCAGUCCUAUAGAAAAUGCAUGCUUGGAGGCCCUAAUGGAAGAUAUCCUCCGACCAUAUGUUCCUACCUACCACGGACUGGAGCAAAGGGAAGAACAGACAUACAUCAAAAUGGAAGACCUUCUUAUGGGCUUGGAGGCAGCGAGCAUCAUGGACUGCAAGAUGGGUUUUCGAACAUACUUAGAAGAUGAGCUUGCUAAAGCCCUCCUGAAGCCCACACCACGCAAGGACUUGUACAACAAAAUGGUGUCCCUGGAUCCCCAGGCCCCCACACUAGAGGAGCACCUGCAGAAAGCAAUCACUAAACCACGUUACAUGCAGUGGAGAGAGAGUGUCAGUUCUACGGCACUGUUGGGAUUCCGUAUCGAGGGUGUCACAAUUGAAGCUGGCUCGGUCAAGAAAAACUUCAAGAAAAUGAAGGGUCGAGAACAAAUCAUGGAAACAUUUGUCACUUUUACAAAAAGCCGAAAGGACAUCCUGGCUGCCUAUGUGAAGCGUCUGGAGAGCAUGCAGGCUGCACUUAAAGAGUCUGAAUUCUUUCGCACCCAUGAGGUGAUUGGCAGCUCCCUUCUCUUUGUUCAUGACCGUCGUGGCAGUGCCAAAGUUUGGAUGAUUGAUUUUGGUAAAACAACUCCUGCUCCAGCGCACAUUAGCCUGCGUCAUGAUGUGGCAUGGGAGCUUGGCACGCAUGAGGAUGGCUACCUUCUGGGGCUGCAGAACCUCAUUGACACUAUUCAGGACACCAUACAAAUGGUGGAAGACACCAGGGAAGAGGCUGAUGACAGCUCAGUGCAGGCGGGAGAGCAGAACAUAGGAGAGAAUGAAAAGAUGAUGCUGAAAGGUGAGACAGAGGUGAAAACUACAAAUGGGGAAAAUAAUGAAGUUUCAGUGGGAGAAGAUGCACUCAUGAUGACACCCACACAGCCUGGAAACAGAGUGCUAUGAUUUAACAAGGGAUAAAGAUCCAGCUAUCUUU